CUGAAAGAUGUUGCUGACAUUAGAACCUCCUUGAAAGAAAAACCAAACAUGUCAGGACUUCCUAAAAAUAACUUCACAGUGGUCGACUGGGCAGUCUUCUCCGGGCUCCUCAUCAUUUCGGCAUGCAUCGGGGUUUACUAUGCCCUGGCAGGAGGGAAGCAGAAAACCACCAAGGAGUUCUUAAUGGCCAAUCGCAACUUGAAAAUAGUUCCUGUGGCUGUAUCCAUUCUAGUUUCAUUCCUGUCAGCCAUUUUGAUUCUUGGGGCACCUGCAGAAAUGUACACCAAAGGAACGCAGUAUUAUUUAUACUUAUUCGGACAAAUGACGGCCGCAGCACUGGCAGCUGUUUUGUUUGUGCCACUUUUCUAUCCACUGAAAUUGACGAGCAUGUAUCAGUAUAUAGAACUGAGAUUCAAGUCACGGGCAGCAAGACUGACAGCCACUGUCAUCAAUAUAUUUGCCUCUCUGAUAUAUACAGGAAUUGCAUCAUUUGCUCCAGCAACAGCCUUGUAUGCAGUGACUGGUUUUCCUGAGUGGGCCUCAUUUCUUCUCAUAGGAUUCGUUUGUACGUUUUACACUUUUAUGGGUGGACUUAAAGCUGUGGUGUGGGUGGAUGCAUUCCAGGCCAUCAUCAUGUUUGGUACUCUGUUAACUAUUGUCAUUAAGGCUACUUUAGAAGUGGGAGGAUUUUCAAAGGUGUGGGAACUGAAUGAUCAGUGGGGUCGAAUCAACUUCUGGAAUUUUGAUUUUGAUCCAACAGUACGACACACAUUCUGGGCAUUAACCUUUGGAGGAAUGAUCAACUGGGUGGGAACUUUUGGAGCUAGUCAGCAGAGCAUACAGAGAUUUAGUGCUCUAGCCUCUCUGAAGGAGGCCAAAAUGUAGGUAUAGGGUGCUUCAU